UUGACUUUGACCCUGAUGAAAUAUCUCUGAAAGGGCACAGGCUCUUUUCAUGGCGUUGGCCAUUGUGUUUGACCUUUCCAUCUGGAGGUGUCUGUGCGUGUAUGUGUCUGCAUGUGUGAGUGUGUGUCGACGGGAGGCCAUGCGAUGAAAGAGUUCCAUGGCUGUAGGUCGGCCAGGUUACCCUGUGGGUCUCGCUCCUCCGGGCUGCGUUCUGUUGACCGGAUAAAGAACAGAAAUUCUGCUUUUUGAUAAUCAGGGAUAGACUAUGGUCUAACAAUGUCCCCUGUAUCCUUUCAACCUAAAUACAGGGUAUUAGAGCUGAAAGGGGAGGCUUAUCAUGUAAUUUCAACCUCAAUCUACAAUGCAUUUAAUCCAACAUAUGUUGUAGAAUGUAGACUGAUGAUUUUUAAUGUGAUUUAAACUCGAGCUCUAUGUUUUUGUUUUUGUGUUUUUCGUUUUUUCUCUGUUGUGUUUUCGGGAGCUCCCCACCUGUGAAGUUUCAUAUAAUAACCCUGGGCCAGGAAGUGUGGUUAGCUGCCUGUCACUCAAACACAGGAAGUUGUAACAUAUUAGCUAUAGGUUUAUGUCAACGCUACUAAACAGGCUUUGCACAGGAGGCUGCACGGGCUUCGUGCAGUCAGAGAAUCCCAGUUGACGAGGGAGACACAGCUCUUAUCAGGACCGGAGGAGUGAGGCUUUGAGGGCGGAACUGUCGCUGUGAGACAAAAAGCCCUCCCUUCCUUCUGCCCUCUGUUCCCUGCCAGCCAGUCCAUCUCUCCUCUGGAGGAAAAGGCCAGUCAGCGGGGGGGGGGCCUGUGUCAGAGAGUGGGGGGGUGACGGCCGGGAGACUCUCCUGACAACAACCGACUCCAUCUGGGAGGUUAAACAACAGGAGAGGAGAGCCCUCCACUCCAAAAGUAACAAACACACUCUCGCUGUAACAAGUGCAGAGAGGGCGGGUUUCGAUAAAGAAGGUUCUCUGGAGGUCGGGGUGGACGUUGUGAGUGGGUUUUCAUCUGGAGGAACACGCAGUCAUGUCUCCCUUUCUGCGUAUCGGAUUCUCUAAUUUUGAGAUGGACCCGGGACUAGCGUACCACGAAGAGGUACUCAACCCUUACUGUGCUGUCUACAUGAAGGAGGCCAUUGACACGGAAAAGGGGCAGGUGUACAAGCAGAAGAAGGCCACCAUGUAUCCUCCGUGGAGCAGCACGUUCGACGCCCACGUCCACCAGGGGCGUGUCAUGCACGUGAUGGUGAAGGACCGCACGGCCGAACUCAAGUCGGAGGCCACGGUGCAGCUGGACUCGCUGGCCUCGCGCUGCAAGAAGGAGAAUGGCAAGCUGGAGAUCUGGUUGGAGCUAAAGCCUCAAGGGCGUGUCCUGAUGGAGGCCAGAUAUUACCUUGAGAAGAGUGAUGCUGCAGGUCACAGCGAGGCAGACGGGGAUGGCGAGAGGGAGGGAGAGGGCCUCUUUGCCCUGAACCAUCGACGCGGGGCCAUUAAACAGGCCAAAGUCCAUGUGGUCAAAUGUCAUGAGUUCAGCGCCACCUUCUUCCCCCAGCCCACCUUCUGCUCUGUGUGCAAAGAGUUUGUCUGGGGUCUGAACAAGCAGGGCUACCAGUGCAGACACUGUAACGCGGCCAUCCACAAGAAGUGCAUCGACAAGGUCAUUGCCAAGUGCACGGGUUCGGCCGUCAACAGUAAAGAAACCCUGAUCCACAAGGAGCGCUUCAAGAUUGACAUGCCCCACAGGUUUAAGGUGUACAACUACAAGAGUCCCACAUUCUGCGAGCACUGUGGCACCCUCCUGUGGGGGCUGGCCAAGCAGGGCCUCAAGUGUGAAGAGUGUGGUAUGAACGUCCAUCACAAGUGUGAGAAGAAAGUGGCCAACCUCUGUGGGGUCAACCAGAAGCUGAUGGCUGAAGCCCUGGCCAUCAUCGGAAACAAGCAGCAGGCCAGGAGUUCUAGAGACAGUGAGAUCAUUGGUCGAGAGGGUCCUGUGGGCGUGGGCCAGGCUGGGGUGAUCCGGGAACCUUCCGGUCUCGCGGCGGUGCCUGCUACAGCAGCCACCACUGCACGCAAAGAGGGCCAGCGAGUGGGGUGGGACACCCCAGUAGACAUGGCCCAGCCUACCCCAGAGGAGGACUCUGAGCCCCUGUACGCCGUGCCCCGGAAGGAACACCAGCACAAGUUCACCAUAGACAACUUCAAGCUGCACAAGAUGCUGGGCAAAGGCAGCUUCGGCAAGGUGUUUCUAGCUGAGCUGAAGAGCACCAACCAGUUCUUUGCAGUAAAGGCCCUGAAGAAGGACGUGGUCCUCAUGGAUGAUGAUGUGGAAUGUACCAUGGUGGAGAGGAGAGUGCUCUCUCUGGCCUGGGAACACCCCUUCCUCACACACCUCUACUGCACCUUCCAGACCAAGGAGAAUCUGUUCUUCGUGAUGGAGUAUCUAAAUGGAGGAGACCUCAUGUUCCACAUUCAGAGCUGCCACAAGUUUGACCUGCAGAGGAGCAGGUUCUAUGCAGCUGAGAUCAUCUGUGGGCUGCAGUUCCUCCAUUCUAAAGGUGUUGUUUACAGAGAUCUGAAGCUGGAUAAUGUGCUGCUGGACUCGGAGGGUCAUAUAAAGAUCGCAGACUUUGGCAUGUGCAAGGAGAACAUGCAGGAGGAGUCCCGCACCUCCACCUUCUGUGGGACACCUGACUACAUCGCUCCAGAGAUUCUUCUGGGCCAGAAGUAUGGCAGCUCAGUGGACUGGUGGUCUUUCGGGGUUCUGCUGUACGAGAUGCUGCUUGGCCAGUCCCCGUUCCAUGGUCAUGAUGAGGAGGAGCUGUUCCAGUCCAUCAGGACAGAUGACCCCUGCUACCCUCGCUGGCUUACCAAGGACGCAAAGGACAUCCUCGUCAAGCUGUUUGUACGCGAGCCUGAGCAGAGGCUUGGUGUGAAGGGGAACAUCAGGCAGCAUGCCUUCUUCAAAGACACCAACUGGAACGUUCUAGAAAAACGGCAGGUGGAGCCGCCCUUCAGGCCAACUGUGAAAUCCCCCAGUGACUGCAGCAACUUUGAUAAGGAGUUCAUCAACGAGAAGCCCCGCCUGUCGUGUGCAGACCGCGCGCUGAUGAACAGUGUGGACCAAACCAUGUUCAACAACUUCUCCUUCGUCAACCCUGGCAUGGCUCGCAUCAAAGGACCCUGAACACCCAGUCCUACCUGUCCACCACCCAGUCCUACAUGUCCACCACCCAGUCCUACCUGUCCACCACCUAGUCCUACCUGACCACCACCCAGUCCUACCUGUCCACCACCUAGUCCUACCUGUCCACCACCCAGUCCUACCUGUCCACCACCUAGUCCUACCUGUCCACCACCCAGUCCUACCUGACCACCACCCAGUCCUACCUGUCCACCACCUAGUCCUACCUGUCCAGCACCCAGUCCUACCUGACCACCACCUAGUCCUACCUGUCCACCACCCAGUCCUACCUUUCCACCACCUAGUCCUACCUGUCCACCACCUAGUCCUACCUGUCCAGCACCCAGUCCUACCUGUCCAGCACCCAGUCCUACCUGUCCACCACCCAGUCCUACCUGACCAUCACCCAGUCCUACCUGACCAUCACCCAGUCCUACCUGUCCACCACCCAGUUCUACCUGUCCACCACCCAGUCCUACCUGACCAGUCUCUCCACCCCUUACAACCAGGCAUGCUGUAUUAUCCAACAUAAGCCUCACACAUGGCCUGCUGUAAGCCUUGUAAAACAUGUGAUCAAUCUGUUUCAAUAACAUGUUUAGAUGAGAAUGAGUUACUUUGUUAUAAGUGUAUUUCAGUGUAUAAUCAGAUCUUCGCUGUUAACAGUAAUGAAAUGCAUCAUUGUGUCAUUGUUCCUGUUACGAUUCAAGUAAAUGACGAUAGUAAUUGCUUAGUUUACAAACAAUUUAUGUUUACAUGUUAUUUUAUUACAUCUUAUUUUGUCACGUCACAAAAUGGAUUACUUUAGACUCCUGCAAUGUAAAUUGUUUUUUGCCUUCUCUGUAUCAUGUUGUACUGUACAUUAAACUAGUUUUUAUAUA